UUUCGUCUACAUACAAUUAUUAUUGUACAGUUUUUAGUUUCCAUGAAAAGUACGUCUUUUUGUAGGAACGGGCAGCGCUGUAAAUCGUAUUUAUAAAAUUCCGUCCAUAUAAACAUCUUCACGUCAUGGCAGAGAAAGAUUUAGCGGCGGAGCUGUGGAACUACAGUGCAACUGGUACGUACGUAAAGUUGUUUUUAACUCGUAGUCAGUAGCAACAUGGCCGAGCAAUAUGAUGUUUCUCCAACAGAAAAGAAGGAAUUGCUGGAUCGUAUGAAAAGAAGAACGGCUCUAAGGGAAGAAUUUUUAAGAUUGUCUACUAAUCCUCAUCGACACAGCUUGAGCGAAGGUGGCGUUGUG